AGGAAAUUGUAAAAAAGACAAUAUCAGUGCCAAGAUACGCUAUUCAAAUAAAGACGUCUACAAGAGCAAGACUUGGAUUAAACAAGUACACAUGAAACUCCGGGCAUCCACCCACCUAGAUCCUCAGCUUCUGUGUUUAGCGCUCAAAUCCUUCUGUUCUGCUGCUCAUUUAUUCUGACAACCACUGCUCAGGAAGGGGCAUGUCCCAGCCUGAAGUAAAAACGAAUGGGGAUAGAAUUGAUUUGGCUCUUAGCUUUCUUUCUGCAUGGAAAAACUCAUGUACAAGGCUCUUGUUCUCUGGGAAGUACAAUGACUUGUGAAGACUGCCUGAAGUUAGGACCACACUGUGCAUGGUGUUCUCAGAAGAAUUUUACAGAUCCUUUGGGAGUUUCAGCCCGUUGUGAUACCCCUGAAGUGCUGCUAUCUAAAGGAUGCCCAACCAACCAUAUUGAAUUUCCUGUAUCUACGGUAGAAACCAAGAAAAAGAAUCCCCUUACCGAAGGAGCUCAGAAAACCAGUGAUCAUGUGACACAGAUCUCCCCUCAGAAGCUUGUUCUUAAACUCAGGCCAGGGAACCCAGUUACAUUUCAAGUUGAUAUCCGUCAAAGCGAAGAUUACCCAGUAGACUUAUAUUACUUAAUGGACCUCUCAGCCUCCAUGAGUGAUGAUCUGAGGACCAUACAACAACUCGGAUCUACGCUUUCUAAGGAAAUGUCCAAUCUGACUAGUAACUUCCGACUGGGAUUUGGGACAUUUGUAGAAAAGCCGGUCUCUCCGUAUAUAAAAACUGUUCCUGAGUAUAUUAAGAACCCCUGCCACAGGGAAUCCGUGGACUGCCUACCCACCUUUGGAUAUAAACACGUCUUAUCGCUGACUCACAAUACGGUCAAUUUUAACAACAUUGUGCAAAAACAAAGAAUAUCGGCAAAUAUCGAUACACCCGAAGGAGGGUUUGAUGCCAUUAUGCAGGCAGCAGUUUGCAAGGAACGUAUCGGAUGGAGGAACGGAUCAAUGCAUUUGCUGGUAUUUGUGACUGAUGCAGAUUCUCAUUACGGCAUGGACAGCAAAUUGGCAGGGAUUGUGAUUCCAAAUGAUUGUCAGUGCCACCUAGACAGCAGCAAUGAAUACUACAUGUCCACUGUCCAGGAAUACCCGACACUUGGCCAGCUGAUAGAGAAGUUGGUGGAGAAUAAUAUUCUGCUCAUUUUCGCUGUUACUGAAAAACAAGUCCCACUCUACCAGAAAUAUGCUAAACUCAUACCUGGAGCUACUGUAGGUCUUCUGAACAAAGAUUCAGGAAACGUAUUACAGUUGAUUUUGUCGGCAUACAAAGAACUGAGGUCGGAAAUUGAGCUUGAAGUGUCAGGAGACACCGAUGGACUUAACCUUUUCUUCACUGCAAACUGUAACAACAACACAGUCACCCCGAAUAGUAAAAAGUGCCAGAGAAUCAAGGUCGGAGACAGGGUUUCUUUCAAUGUAAAUGUGAGCUCAACCUCCUGUGAUACCCAAGCAAGGCAUAUCACAAUACGGCCCGUUGGUCUGCAAGACAGCCUGGAGAUUGAAAUUCAGCCUGAAUGUUCCUGUUCCUGUAAGGCUGAGGCUGAAGCGGAGAGCGCGGAGUGCAGCGAGGGAAGCGGCUCUUUAGAAUGUGGCGUCUGUGUUUGUAAACCGGGAUUUUUAGGAACUCAAUGUGAAUGUGACGAAGCAUCGCUGAACAACAGCGCGUGUAAAGAACUGGAUACCUGUUCUGGACGGGGGGAGUGCUUCUGUGGACAAUGUAUUUGUAAUCCCUCAGUCUACGGACGGGUUUACGGACUUCGUUGUGAAUGUGAUGACUUUUCAUGUGUGAGGCACGGAGGACUUAUUUGUGGAGGUCAUGGUAUCUGUGAUUGUGGAGAAUGCAUCUGUCAAAGCGGCUGGACCGGACAAUACUGCAACUGCACAACAAGUAUCGACUCCUGCAUCUCCGAAACGGGAACCCUAUGCAGCGGGAGAGGUCGAUGUGAAUGUGGCCGAUGCAUCUGUAACAGCCCGGGGGUAUCUGGAGAUACCUGUGAAAAGUGCCCGACCUGUGGGGACCCCUGCAGCUCCCAAAGGCCCUGUGUUGAAUGCCAUCUGUUUUCCGAAGAGCAGCAACUGGGAGUAUGUGCAGAGACAUGUAACCUGAUGGAUGCUACAGUCAGCAAGGAGGACGGACCUGGGAAUCCAGAAAAUUUCUCAGAGGAUAAAUCUAUUUUCUGCACCAUGCAAGGUGAAAAUGAAUGUACUAUUACAUUUAGGAUGGCGACGGAUGAGGAAGGAAAGAAAGUCAUUUAUAACAUACGCCAAAAUGAUUGUCCGACCCCACCAAACAUCCCGAUGAUCCUCGUUGGGGUCUCAAUCGCUAUUGCACUGAUCGGUAUAGUUUUACUGUGUAUAUGGAAAUUGUUGGUGUCGUAUCACGACCGGAAAGAAGUUGCUAAGUUUGAAGCGGAGAGGGCAAAGGCUAAUUGGGCGGAGGGCACAAACCCAUUGUUUAGAGGAUCUACUACUACAUUCAAAAACGUCACCUACAAACAAAACAACAAUGGAGCGCUCUUCUGAUGACGCCUUCUCCCUGGCCCACUCCAUGCACUGUGUAUAUCCUAGAGCAGUCGUCUCCAGACUGUGG